AUGAGGAGACAGGAGGUGGAGACAGGAGGAGGAGGAGACAGGAGGAGGAGACAGGAGGUGGAGAAAGGAGGAGGAGACAGGAGGUGGAGACAGGAGGAGGAGAUAGGAGGAAAAGACAGGAGGAGGAGACAGGAGGAGGAAACAGGAGGAGGAGACAGGUGGAGGAGACAGGUGGAGGAGACAGGAGGAGGAGACAGGAGGAGGAGAAGACAGCAGGUGGAGACAAGAGGAGGACACAGGAGGUGGAGACACGAAGAGGAGACAGGAGGUGGCGACAAGAGGAGGAGACAAGUGGUGGAGACAGGAGGAGGAGACAGGAGGAGGAGACAGGAGGAGGAGACAGGAGGAGGAUACAGGAGGUGGAGACAGGAGGAAGAGGAGACAGGAGGUGGAGACAGGAGGAGGAGACAGGAGGUGGAGACAAGAGGAGGAGACAGGAGGAGGAGACAGGAGGAGGAGACAAGAGGAGGACACAGGAGGUGGAGACAGGAAGAGGAGACAGGAGGUGGAGACAAGAAGAGGAGACAGGUGGUGGAGACAGGAGGAGGAGGAGACAGGAGGAGGAGACAGGAGGAGGAGACAGGAGGUGGAGACAGGAGGAGGAGGAGACAGGAGGAGGAGACAGGAGGUGAGGACAGGAGGAGGAGACAGGAGGUGGAGACAAGAGAAGGAGACAGGUGGUUGAGACAAGAGGAGGAGACAGGAGGAGGAGACAGGAGGUGGAGACAGGAGGAGACAGGAGGAAGACACAGGAGGUGGAGACAGGAGGAGGAGACAGGAGGUGGAGAAGGGAGGAGGAGACAGGAGGAGACAUUAGGUGGAGACAUUAGGUGGAGACAGGAGGAGGAGACAGGAGGAGGAGACAGGAGGUGGGGACAGGAGGAGGAGACAGGAGGAGGAGGAGACAGGAGGUGGAGACAGGAGGAGGAGGAGACAGGAGGUGGAGAAAGGAGGAGGAGACAGGAGGUGGAGACAGGAGGAGGAGACAGGAGGAGGAGAAGACAGCAGGUGGGAGGCAAGAGGAGGACACAGGAGGUGGAGACAGGAAGAGGAGACAGUAAGGGGAGACAGGAGGUGGCGACAAGAGGAGGAGACAAGUGGUGGAGACAGGAGGUGGAGACAGGAGGAGGAGGAGACAGGAGGAGGAGACAAGAGGAGGAGACAGGAAGAGGAGACAGGGGGAGGAGACAGGAGGUGGAGACAAGAGGAGGAGAUAGGAGGAGGAGACAGGAGGAGGAGACAAGAGGAGGACACAGGAGGUGGAGACAGGAAGAGGAGACAGGAGGUGGAGACAUGAGGAGGAGACAGGUGGUGGAGACAGGAGGAGGAGACAGGAGGAGGAGACAGAAAGAGGAGACAGGAGUUGGAGACAGGAGGAGGAGAAGACAGCAGGUGGAGGCAAGAGGAGGACACAGGAGGUGGAGACAGGAAGAGGAGACAGGAGGUGGCGACAAGAGGAGGAGACAAGUGGUGGAGACAGGAGGAGGAGACAGGAGGAGGAGACAGGAGGAGGAGACAGAAGGUGGAGACAGGAGGAGGAGGAGACAGGAGGUGGAGACAGGAGGAGGAGACAGGAGGUGGAGACAAGAGGAGGAGACAGGAGGAGGAGACAGGAGGAGGAGACAAGAGGAGGACACAGGAGGUGGAGACAGGAAGAGGAGACAGGAGGUGGAGACAGGAGGAGGAGACAGGUGGUGGAGACAGGAGGAGGAGACAGGAGGAGGAGACAGGAGGAGGAGACAGGAGGUGGAGACAAGAGGAGGAGACAGGAGGUGGAGACAGGAGGUGAGGACAGGAGGAGGAGACAGGAGGUGGAGACAAGAGGAGGAGACAGGAGGUGGAGACAAGAGGAGGAGACAGGAGGAGGAGACAGGAGGUGGAGACAGGAGGUGGAGACAGGAGGAGGAGACAGUAGGAGACAUUAGGUGGAGACAGGUGGUGGAGACAGGAGGAGGAGACAGGAGGAGGAGACAGGAGGAGGAGACAGGAGGUGGAGACAAGAGGAGGAGACAGGAGGUGGAGACAGGAGGUGAGGACAGGAGGAGGAGACAGGAGGUGGAGACAAGAGGAGGAGACAGGAGGUGGAGACAAGAGGAGGAGACAGGAGGAGGAGACAGGAGGUGGAGACAGGAGGUGGAGACAGGAGGAGAGACAGUAGGAGACAUUAGGUGGAGACAGGAGGAGGGGACAGGAGGUGGAGACAGGAGGAGGAGACAGCAGGUGGAGACAGGAGGAGGAGACAGGAGGAGGAGACAGGAGGUGGGGACAGGAGGAGGAGACAGGAUGGUUGGGACAGGAGGAGGAGACAGGAGGUUGAGACAGGAAGAGGAGACAGGAGGAAGAGGAGACAGGAGGAAGAGGAGACAGGAGGAAGAGGAGACAGGAGGUGGAGACAGGAGGAGGAGACAGUAG